AGUACUCGGAGAAAAAGCAAACAUGAGUCUGACUGGAAAGGACAAGUCUGUUGUGGUGGCUUUCUGGCAGAAAGUCUCCAGUCAGUAUGAAGUCAUUGGAGCUGAGGCUUUGGGCAGAAUGCUGGUCGCAUACCCUCAGACCAAGACGUACUUUUCCCACUGGUCUGACUUGAGCCCCAGCUCUCCUCAAGUGAAAAAGCACGGUGCUACCAUCAUGGGAGCGAUCGGGGAUGCCGUUGGGAAGAUUGAUGACCUUGUUGGAGGUCUGUCCAAACUGAGCGAGCUGCAUGCCUUCAAGCUCCGAGUGGAUCCUUCCAACUUCAAGAUCCUGGCACACAACAUCCUCCUGGUCCUCGCCAUGUACUACCCUGAUGAGUUCACCCCGGAAAUCCAUGUCUCCUUUGACAAGUUCCUGCAGAACCUGGCUCUGGCUCUAAUUUGCAUUGCAGAUAAUUUCGUUCAUUUGAAAAAAAAUCUAGAAGAGAAGGCAACUAUGAGUCUCUCUGGAAAGGACAAGACCGUGGUGAAGGCUUUCUGGGAGAAAGUGGCCCCCAGGUCUGCUGAGAUGGGAGCUGAGGCUCUGGGCAGAAUGCUGGUCGCAUACCCCCAGACCAAGACGUACUUUUCCCACUGGUCUGACUUGAGCCCUGAGUCUCCUCAAGUGAAGAAGCAUGGCGCCACCAUCAUGGGAGCCAUCGGGGAUGCCGUUGGGAAGAUUGACGACCUUACUGGAGGUCUGUCCAAACUCAGCGAGCUGCAUGCCUUCAAGCUCCGAGUGGAUCCUGCCAACUUCAAGAUCCUCGCGCAUAACAUCAUCCUGGUCCUCGCCAUGUACUUCCCCGGUGAAUUCACCCCAGAGAUUCACGUCUCCGUCGACAAGUUCCUCCAGAACCUGGCUCUGGCUCUGUCCGAGAGAUACCAUUCUCUCCCACAACAUCCUGGUUGUCUUUGGCACCAUGUUCCCUCAAGACUUCACCCCCGAGACAGGGCACGGGACAGAGCGCCCAGGAACUUGUCCAUGGCCACGUGGACCUCAGGGGAGCGUGUGGUCAGACAAUGGCACACGCAGGACAAGGCAACAAGUCUGAGAGGCAAAAUGGUUAAAUGGACAGACUUCGAGCGCGCCACCAUCCCGGACAUCUUCUCCAAGAUAGACAAAGACAUCGUGGGCCCUGCGGCUCUUGCCAGGUGUCUGGUUGUGUACCCCUGGACUCAGAGGUACUUCGCCAAAUUUGGAAACCUGUACAACGCUGCUGCUAUUACAUCCAACCCAAAGGUUGCAGCUCACGGAAAGGUGGUGCUCGCUGGUCUGGAACUUGCAGUGAAGAACAUGGACGACAUCAAGAAGACCUACGCAGAGCUGAGCGUGCUGCACUCCGAGAAACUGCAGGUGGACCCUGACAACUUCAAGCUUCUGGCCGACUGCCUGACCAUCGUGGUCGCCGGUCAGCUGGGUAAGAAAUUCACGCCUGAGGUCCAGGCAGCUUUCCAGAAGUUCCUGGAUGUGUCGGUGUCCGCUCUGAGGAAGCAAGCCGGGGCUCAGGUCCUUCCAGUGGGAGAAGUAGGUCUUGGUCUGAGGGUACACGACCAGCAUCCUGGAAAAACAGUUAAA